CCCACCUCAAACAAAUCAUCAGAGCACCUCAGCAGAUCAUACCACCUCAAACAAACAAUGCGUUACUUCUUCCUCACCUUUAUUGUUGCGUUGACAGCAUCUAUGAUGUCUGUCACGGCAAGGCGACCGACUUGUAGCCAACUAGACGGGUAUUGCGUGAAGAAUAGCGACUGCUGCGAUUCAUCUAAUACCUGCGGUGCUAAUCAGUGCGUGCAAGCUGACGAGGACAUCCCACCCUGAGAACAAGCCGAUUUGCACGUACUAGUGAGUGGUUCUGCUUUCGCAUUGGUGCUGUUGUUGAUUGAACAAUAUGUAGGACGCUGC